AACUUUCAUCUUAUUUUGUGCUUUCGUGAUUUUCAUCGGAAAUUCUCUGUGAUUAGUGUAACUUUAGUGUUUUUCCAGUGGUAAAAAACCGAGGUCUUAAUAAAGAUGGGUGCCUCUUGUCAAGCUUGUCUUACGAGAGUGCCCCAUGCUACUCUCAUUGCUACGAUUAUGUGCUGUUUGGGCGUGGGAGUGUUCUGUGGAACUAUGUACAGAGGUUCUGCCCUUUCUAUACGGAUGUUUGAUGAAGUAUUCCACUUCAGACUAAUAUGGAUCGAAGCCCUACAAAUGAUAUUUAUCGUUGGAAGCGCAUGUAUGGCAGCUUUGGGAUUCAUGCUGCUGUGUUUAGGUUGCUUAACAACAGGUGCUACAAGACAAAAAGUCUACAGAGCUUGGAGAGCCAGAGUUGGCGGAAGAAUAUCUUGCGCAAUCUUUAUGAUAAUUACUUAUAUUCUGACAUUUGUAUGGAUUUUACUGCUUGGAUUUUUAGUGAUAACGACAUUUCUCUUUACUAUAUUUUGGAAGUUAUGUUCCAAACCUGACAAUAUCAAACUCUUGACUUGUAUUGAUUUCACACAAUUCGAUUUCAUGUUCCCAGCAUCUGUUCGACAGGAAGACAUGAAAAUAUGUGAAGCUCAAAGAAUGAAACUGUUUUGCAAAGAUUAUGUUGAAAAAGCAGAGUUUAUGUUCAUACUGGCUAUGGUGUCAUGCAUACUUGUUAUAUUGAGUUUGGUUCACUAUUUGAUGUGUCUAUCUGCUAACUAUGCACACAUAAGAGACCAUGAGAAAUUUCAAGAACUCCAGGAACUACAGUACCUCACUAACCCUGAUUUUCAUGCUUCAAAAGACCGUUUCUAGUAUAUGGCCCGUGCGCCUUUAUUGCGCUCACUGGAAGCCACAACUAAAAUGUGACCAGUUAAAAUUAUUGUACUGUUCAAUGACCAAAAAAGUGUUCUGUCAACAUUUUUUAAAAAGACUGAUGCCCAUUGUUUUGGGUUCAUCUCGAUGAUAGUUUAUGAUUGAGAAAUAAAUACAUAUCUUUUUGUUCUAUUAGAAAACAAAACUUAUUAAAAACUGCUACAGACAUUUUUUUCUGUUCUAUAUAAGUAAUUUGUUUUAUUUAGCAGUAUCAUCUGUUGUGCAUUUUUAUUCCUGCUGUUUUAAGAAAUGAAACCUUUUCUAAUAAUAUUCAUCUGUAGCAGUUUCAAGUAAUGCAAUUUUAUAAAUUAUUAUGAUUAUUUAACAUUCCUGUAGGCAAUUUUAUAGGUACAAAAUUAUGUUUAAUUGAUGCUUAUAAAUUAUUUGAUAAUAAUGUAAGCAUUAUGACUAUUAUGUUAUCCAUCCGUUAGUUUAUAUUUACUCCAAAUUAGUGUACAUACAAAUGUAUUGAUUCUAUGACUGUUGAUAAAACCAAACAUUGAUUUCUAUAAUACUUUAUGUAUUUCAUUAGAUUUGUAUCAGUGUAAUCUGUUACAUCCAUUAUUGACGUGUGUAAGUUAGCUAUUAAGAAUUUUGAAAACAUUUGAUGUCAAUUUUGUAAAUUUUUAAACAUGGUUUAAAUAAGAUGCAUUUUGUAUUAUAUUGUAAGAAAUAUAUUCUCUCUGUUUGGCAAUUGUGCUAUACUCUUGCUAUAAGGACAGUUGAUUACCAGAGUCGACUGAUUAACAAAUUGAUUGAAGAAAAAUUAAUUGAUUUGGAUAUUUGACUUGAUGUAAAUGGUGAUGACCAACAGACUGUCUUAUGUCAUUUCAUCAUCAUUGUUCAUAGACAAAAUAAUGUGUCUUAUAUGAAUACACCAUUAUGUGAUUGAUGUUCAAAUUUUUGUAUAUUAAUAAUAACUGAGAAAAGGCUCUUUAUUUUUUACAUAAUAUUUAUAUCUCACUGCCCAUUUCAUAGUACUAGUGCAUGUGCUUAUUGUACAUUACAUUCGGGGCAUGCUUAAUCAACAAAAGGAAUAACUCAAAAAUUGGCAAUUUAACAUUAAAGUUAUAGUGGCUUAUAAUUUUAUUACUAAUUUUUGAGUAAUUUCUCUUUUAUGAUUAAACAUGACUGUGAUAUAGGUAUGUAUAAGAUACAUUUAUAAGGGUAAGUAUAACUUUAAAUGUUAAAAUAAUGUAUGCAUGUGCUUCCUAUAAGAUUAGGUAAGUACUCUCUGUAUCUGGCAGUGUGGGGCAGUUUAUAAUUUUAAUAUCUAGCACACAUCUAUAUAUUAAAUUAGUCUUUAAAAACACAAAUGUACUAAAUAGAGUAAGUUUUGUAUUAAUAAAUGUUCAUUUUUAAGUAACGAAAAGUGCUAUUAAUUUAUUCACUUGACUAGUUUUAAUAUGAAAUAUUAAGUACUGAUAAAUUAUCUACGACUAUGAUUCGACUACUGUGAUGACCAUCAUAGCA